AGCAAAUCUCCCUGAGAGCGGGACCGGCCUCAGCUCCAACUCAGCCUCCACUGUGAUUAAAAAUAAAAAUUGCUAGAGCAGCCCUCACUCACCACAUCUACUUUGAUAGCUGGCUAUUUGGAAUUUAAAGGAUAUUUGACUUUUUCUAACCUCCCAUGAGGCUGUAAGUUCCACUGCUCCAAACCCACCCACCGAGGACUCUGAACCUGUCCACCCCGGGCGCAUCAAGAUCUUCCAGCUGGGUACCCCCGAUUUGGGCCGACUUUGCACCUCCAAACAACCUUAGCAUGAUGUCUUAUCUUAAGCAACCGCCUUACGCAGUCAAUGGGCUGAGUCUGACCACUUCGGGUAUGGACUUGCUGCACCCUUCCGUGGGCUACCCGGCCACCCCCCGGAAACAGCGCCGGGAGAGGACGACGUUCACUCGGGCGCAGCUAGAUGUGCUGGAAGCACUGUUUGCCAAGACCCGGUACCCAGACAUCUUCAUGCGAGAGGAGGUGGCACUGAAAAUCAACUUGCCCGAGUCCAGGGUGCAGGUAUGGUUUAAGAAUCGAAGAGCUAAGUGCCGCCAACAACAGCAACAGCAGCAGAAUGGAGGCCAAAACAAAGUGAGACCUGCCAAAAAGAAGACAUCUCCAGCUCGGGAAGUGAGUUCAGAGAGUGGAACAAGUGGCCAAUUCACUCCCCCUUCUAGCACCUCAGUCCCGACCAUUGCCAGCAGCAGUGCUCCUGUGUCUAUCUGGAGCCCAGCUUCCAUCUCCCCACUGUCAGAUCCCUUGUCCACCUCCUCUUCCUGCAUGCAGAGGUCCUAUCCCAUGACUUACACUCAGGCUUCAGGUUAUAGUCAAGGAUAUGCUGGCUCAACUUCCUACUUUGGGGGCAUGGACUGUGGAUCAUAUUUGACCCCUAUGCAUCACCAGCUUCCCGGACCAGGGGCCACACUCAGUCCCAUGGGUACCAAUGCAGUCACCAGCCAUCUCAAUCAGUCCCCAGCUUCUCUUUCCACCCAGGGAUAUGGAGCUUCAAGCUUGGGUUUUAACUCAACCACUGAUUGCUUGGAUUAUAAGGACCAAACUGCCUCCUGGAAGCUUAACUUCAAUGCUGACUGCUUGGAUUAUAAAGAUCAGACAUCCUCGUGGAAAUUCCAGGUUUUGUGAAGACAUGUAGAACCUCUUAUUGUGGGUGAUUUUUAAAUAUACUGGGCUGGACAUUCCAGUUUUAGCCAGGCAUUGGUUAAAAGAGUUAGAUGGGAUGAUGCUCAGACUCAUCUGAUCAAAGUUCCGAGAGGCAUAGAAGGAAAAACGAAGGGCCUUAGAGGGGCCUACCAACCAGCAACCCGAAAUGGACAAACCAAUCUACUUAAGAUCCUGUCAUAGUUUUAGAUCAUUGGUUAUCCUGAUUUGCAAAGUGAUCAAAAGCAUUCUAGCCAUGUGCAACUAAACACCACCAAAAAUAAAAUCAAACAAAACUAAGUUGUGAAGGAAGGGAGGGAAGGUCAUAGCCUUCUUAAGCAGAGGUGUUCCAAUGUUUUAGCCAAUCCUUGGUUGAAUCUUAGGAAUGAACAGUGUCUCAAGCUCAUUCACGUUUCAUGACCAACUGGUAGUUGGCACUGAAAAAACUUUUCAGGGCUGUGUGAAUUGUGUGACUGAUUGUCCUAGAUGCACUACUUUAUUUAAAAAAUAAUGUUCAUAAGGAGUCAAUAUGUAGUUUAAGAGACAAUCAGUGUGUGUCUUAUAAAUGGUACAUCUGUGGUUUUUAAUCUGUGCUAGACUUCAAAACUGUGAUCUCCUGUUAUUGUAUGCAACCUUGAACUCCACCUCUGCAGGGGUUCUUCUGUGAUUAAAUAGGUUAUAAUUAUAAGCAAAAUUCAGAGCAACUGAGUACUGAUCUAAAAAGAUUACCUUUGGCUGGAGGUGAGCUGCACUGAAACUUUACGACAAAAUGUCUCUGGACAAGGAGAGUCAGAGAAGAGAAGCAAAAGGACACUAAUUCAUCUGUAAUUUACUGUUGGUAAGCCUAGCAGUAAAGAGACAUUGGUCAAUUGCUCUGACCCUGAUGAAUUAUUAAACUGAGAUCAUUGUCGUUUAUGCUUGCAGAUGUUAACUGGAAAAGUUAUAUAUGCAUAAACCUUUUCUUCCUGGAUUUGGCAGAUAUGUAUAAUUAUAUUAAAAUGGUUCUAGCACAACAUUGGGUCCAGUUUAAUUUUACACCACUAUUUACGAAUGAGAAGCCUACAUUCAGCCUUUCCUCCCCAAAACACGUUUUUCUUAGGACAGAGAGGAAAUUAGCAAACUUAUUUUUACUUUUUUUUUUUUUUGCUAAUCUAUGCAUAAAUUAGAUAUGAAUGACAGUGUUAUGUAGACUUUUUGUGACUUUCAUCAGGAUUGCUCUGAAAUUGAGUUUGGAGAGCCUAACAAUCAAUAAGAUCUUGUUUUCCUUGCUUUUCCCUCCCUGCUUCAAACCUGAACUAUUUCUUAGGCACUUUAUUAGUAUGUUUCAAAAGAUAUCAAGUUUUUAAGAGGGAGGAGAAUUGGAGUAUCUCUGAAAACAUGCGAAUGACAAGAAUUUCUUGUUUCUAUUCUCUUACUUGGUUAAGGGGAUUUUUUUUUUUUUAACUUCCAAAAACUGAGGUAAACAUGAGAGGGAGUGUAAUCAGAAUCUGAAAGCAAUUCAGGCAGAAAUUAUUUCUGAACAAAAGAGUUUCAGAAAAGUUUUAAAACCUAUAAUUUCAGUAGUUGAACAUAAGGCACCCUGGUCAGUUUUUGUGUGUGUGUUUAAGAAAGUGCCGACGGGGGAAAAAAUGGGUCCCUUUACAGUUGUACCUGCAUUUUGUAAACCACUCACCAGAAAAGACAAAUGGGCCAAUGAUCAUGGUGCUCCUCAGGUAAAAGCAAUAUUUAAUUUCAUUCUAAGCUGCUUAAGCUCUUACAGCUGACCAAAAUUAAGUGACUCUUGAUUGUAACGUUUUAAAUGAAGGUUAGCAGUUGCAACCA